UAUGAAGAAAAAAUUGCAACUGUUGAUACUAAAACAAUAGAAGAAAAAAAUACCGUCAACGAAAUAAUUGAUAAAACUGUUAAAACGGCUGAACCAACUUUCCAAGAUAAGCAAGGGUCAACCAACGAUCUGGUUGACACUACCAACCUUGAAGCAAUAGAUAAAACUGUUAAGACGUUUGAACAAACUUUCCAAGAUAGGCAAGGGUCAACCAACGAUCUGGUUGACACUACCAACCUUGAAGCAAUAGAUAAAACUGUUAAGACGUUUGAAACAACUUUCCAAAAUAAGCAAAGGUCAAUCAACGAUUUGGUUGACACUAACAACCGUGAAAUUGAAGCUACCUUAAAGGAUUCCAUUGAAAAAAUCGGAAAACACCUUGAGUCAACAUCCAUUACUGAUCCCUCUUCUAUGCCGCCAUAUAAUGUUUGCUUUUCUUACAAAAAAGACGACAUAAAUGUUAUUUGCAUUGAUGAUAACCUUCGCGUAAAAAUCGAAAGAUUAAGUGCAGACAUUGCAAGGGUAUAUUUUACGGAUAUUCAAGAUAUUCAAGUUCCUAUUCCCGCAACCAUUACUUUUUGGGAUCUUUCAAAUAAUCAAGCAUUGAUAUCAUUUAACAAUAAUUUUAUUAUUACCUGGAUUUCAAAUUAUGCUAUGUAUCAGGGUGGAAUUGAACUUUUUCGAUUAGAAAGACCAAAGCAACAAACAAUUGAGACAGCCCUUACAACAUAUGUAAUCCAUUGA